AUGUCGGUGACUCAUACGGUUGAGGGCACCAAGACUGUGGUGGCGGUUUCCUCCAGUGAGCUUGAAGCAAUCGUGGCCAGUAUUGCGUUCAACAUAAGGAGUGUCGAAGAUCAUCCCGUGACAGAAGUUGAGUUACGAAGAAGUCGGUAUUUUCAAUAUGCAUUGUCUCUCAAGGCAUUGCAGCCAUCAGCACUGCAAAGCCAAUCAUUGAAUGCCCCCUCUCGAUCAAUUCUCAUGCAGAAAUUGGAUCGCAGUGGCUCUGGAUCAGGGUUGUAUUGCUGGUCCCCUAACCUAGGCACUCCCGCUGUCAAUAGCACCGGCGGUGUUUCUUUACCAACGGCACCAUUCCUGGGAGCUGCACUAGUGGUUUCUCCUCUUGUUCCUCAAAUCACCACUGUUUCUGGUAUCGCUGGACUUGGUGUUGCUAUUCCUACUGCUACUCUUCCUUCUAUAGAGACAAUUGGUGUUCCAAGCGAAUUGUCUACUGGACUGCUGAUCCUGGGCCUAACCCUGCUAUUAUAUGUGAGGAAGAACCAGCAACAAAAAUAUGCUAAGGUUCCAUGCUACAUUAUUUACUUCACUACGUACUUCACAGGAGAACUGAAGCCCGGCCAAAAAGAAGAUCUGGAAUUACCAUUAUUUGACUUGGCCGCUGUUGUUUGUGCAACUAAAAACUUUUCAAACAACAAUAAACUUGGAGAAGGUGGUUUCGGAUCAGUCUUUAAGGUAAAAUCAAAUAUAGUCCUCCCUACAGUUGGCUUGACAGCUUCCACAUGUCAUUUGGGUCGGGACUAUGGAUACAAGUCGUAUAUUGAACGUUUGCAAACAACAGAGUACGGAUUUUGGUCAUCAUAUAUGGCUAAUGGAUUUCAGGGUACAUUAAAAGAUGGACAAGAAAUAGCUGUGAAAAGGCUCUCAAAACAUUCUAGACAAGGACUCAAUGAGUUGAAGAAUGAGGCAUGGAUGCUAUACACAGAAGGCAGGUCCAUUGAAGUGCUUGAUACAUCAGUAGGGGACUCCAGUGAUCCACAUGAAGUUGUGAGAUCAAUUCAUGUAGGUCUUUCAAGUGUGCAGCAUAACCCGGCAAAUAGACCGAGCAUGCCAGCUACAGCUGUAAUGCUGAGUGGUGAAGGGUCAUCGCCUCAACCUCAAAAACCUGGUUUUUAUAGUGAAAGGGAUCUCAAUGAACUGGAAGUCGAUCCUUCCUCUAAAGCAUUUUAG